AAUUCUGUCUUCACCACACUAUAAAAAAAAUAUUUCUCCACCACACUUCCCAAAGCUCCUCGAGGCCAAACCUCAAAACCCUAAUUGACUCAUCGCCAUCAUCCAUGGAAGACAGUUUCAGAGUUCGCGUGGAUAGAAUUUUUGGAUCUCUAGCUUCGUCGUCGUCUUCAUCGUUGUCGCCAUGUGCGAAUCUGAGUUCUCUGUGGUCGCUUACCGACGACGAGGUGGAGAAGAGAGAAUGGAAUCGAGAGAAAGACAUCCCGGAGACUGAGGUAACGUCUUAUUCUUCGAACUUGGAUGGAUUAUUCGCGAAGAAACGGAGCUCUGUAGGCUUCGGCAAGCAGCUUGAACAAGACCUUGAAGACCUAGAUGAUGAUGAUCUUGAAGGAGAAACACGAGUUCGUGGUUCGUCAAGUCGACCUGUUAAACCAGACGACUAUAACCAUGAAGAAUGGGAAAUUAGGUCCUCCAUCGGCUUGGACUGUGCUCUUGAUAAUGAGGAAGAGGAAGAUGAAUAUGACAAAGUGGCUGUUGGCAGGGAAAAGGCUGGUGAACGCUUGUAUAUGACUGAUUUUAAUGAUUAUGCAAUUGAAUUGGAUUCCUGCAAUGUGAUUCCGGAGUCAUUCAAGGAUGUUGCUAGAGAUCCACGUGCAAAUCACAUGGCUGCAAAAAUUAGGCUCCAAGAAGACGCAGAAGCAGCUGGAAGUUUCGAUUCUUUACGGGUUUCUGAUAAAACAUUGCCAGCUGCUGCAGCUACUCAAAUCAACACUUCUGAAGAUGGUGCUAACCUGAAAUCAAUUUUGAAGAGGAAGGAAAAUCAGUUGGAUUCAAAGUUACAUAAACGUGUUCGAUUUGAUCCUGGUUGUAAAACUGAUAGCAAGGAAGAAGAGUCUGAAAGAACCAAAAAUCUUACAAUGGAGACUUGCUCAAUGGAAGAAGCUACAGUUUCAGAGAAAGUAUCUUUUACACCCCAAGAUCCUUCUGGAGUUCCAGAUUAUCUCCGAAAUCCUACCAAGUACACAUGUUAUACUUUUGAUUCUUCCAGUGAUAUUGAUGAGGAAUCUAAUCGGCGUGCCUACAUGGACUUUCUUAAUAUGCUGAAGAAGCCGGAUGCCUUGGAGUCACAGGCAGACAAGGCCUUUGAUCUUCCAAAAUCAGUAACCUUCACUCCAAGAAAGAAAUCAGCUGAUACUUACAUGAUGAAACAUAGCAGUGAAUUCCCGCAAAAGCAGGAAGAUGUUGGGAAGGAGUUCAUGCACAGGAAAGGCUUGCCCCUUGGCAUUGCUGCUGAGGACUGUCAAGAAACUGAAGUUUGUGCAAUGGACGAAGAUGAGCCAGAGCCGGUUGCUAGUAAAAUUAGUACUAGCUUGCAGAAACCAGGUCGCCAGUAUCGGACAAAGGCCAGUUCAGAACUCGAGGAAUCCGGUUCUUGAUUAUUUGAUAGAGCUUGAGAUUUUCUGUAGCUCAUUAUGUUGGCAUUUUAUGUUCUUGCAAACCCUAACUUAACUUCAUAAGCAUGUACUUAGGAAGUUUCUAAUUAUCAUGCUCAUGCGUAUGCCCUUUUAUUGGAGAACAAUCAGCCACAUUCUACUCAGUAAGCUGACAUUGAAAUGCUUGUACAGAAUAAUUUUCCUAGUGUUAUCAAUUGGGAAGUGGGCCAUUAUUUUUAGA